ACAGUAGACUUGCAAUUCCUUUUAAAGUUGUUGGCAUCUCCAUGGAAAACAUCAUCGAGCGGGCUGCCACAUACCUUCAUCUUGCGACUACGCACGCACCUUCUCUGCUAUUGAUAUUGUGCGAGUAAACCUAGCUCAAGCAGAGAUAGAUGGCUGCCAAUACACCGACAACCGAUGCAACUGGAGGACAAUCAUCGAUGGACGAACGGAUCCUGAAAGCAGCCACCUUUGGUGUUUUCUGGGACAUUGAGGUGUUGGCUACAAAGAGUCCAAGCAUUCUUCUUGGAGUAACUCCGCAAGGGAACAACUGCCUCCACAUAUCCACCAUUCAUGGGCACGAAGAGUUCUGCUUGUAUGCGCUGGCACUAGAGCGUUCUCUCCUUGAAAAGGUCAACUGCGAGAACGAGACGCCGCUUGUCAUUGCUGUUUCACUUGGCCAUGCCUCUUUGGCUUCUAAAUUACUGCAGCAAUGCUGCGGAAGACCACGAUUGAGUCGAGCAAUCUUGCAACAAGACAGGUAUGGAUUUAACGCACUGCAUCAUGCUAUUCGCAAUGGCCACAAGCAACUUGCGCUGGAUUUGAUAGCAGAAGAGUCUGCCCUGUCAAGAGCUGUGACCAAGUACACUGAGUCACCCAUGUUCAUCGCCGUGAUGAGGAAUUAUGUAGAUGUUUCUGAAAAGCUACUAGACGUUGAUGAUUCUUCUGAUGUUGGACAGUAUGGACGCCAUGCUCUUCAUACUGCAGCUAGAAAUGGAAAUAAAGAUCUUGCUCUCCAAAUUAUGGAGAAACGUCCUCGCCUGGCCAGAGAAGCUGACUGGGAUGGGAUUACUCCAUUAAGAAUGGCUAUAUCUUAUAACAAGGUUGAUGUUCUACAAGUAUUGCUGGCACAGCGUUCUUCUUUAGCCUAUGAAACUUUCAAGGAUGGCUAUCCUCUCCUCUAUUCUGCUGCAACUCGGGGUCAAGUUGAUGUUGCUCGUGUUAGAGUUAAACACGGCUAGGAGUACUAGUCCGAGUAGGCUUAGACUUUAUGGCCGUAUCCUACUUAGUUAGGUGCUAGCAGCGUAUAUAAAUACAUGUACCCCUAGGCUUUGUAAAACGUACCACGGAGAUCAAUACAAAGCAACCAGGCACGUUAUGUGCCUGUGGCAAUCAA